UUGCAGAACGCCCGGGGUGAUCACCUCAUAUACCAAAGAAAGGAAGGCGUGCCAGUGCCACCGAUGGCAUCCGGUGUCGUCGUCCGCAACGAUGACGAGUCCGCGUCGCUCUUGGACGACGAUGGGUCUCCGGUGCUCUUGGCCGGCGUGUCUACUCCGCCUCCUCCUCCGAAGCUUCACGGGAAGGCGACGAGGACGCCGAGGCACGCCGUCAUGAGGCUCAUAUGCUCGCCCUUCGCCGCCGUCCUCCGGAUGACGACGUGCGCGGAUACUGACGCCAUCAGCCCAAGCGUCGAGCAGCCGAGCAAGAAGACGGCGGCCGGGGCCGUGGUGGAGCGCCGGGAGGCGAGGAGGAGGCCAAGCCUCGAGCAGCUCAUCAGGAUGGAGACAGCGCCGCUGCCGCUGCCGCCGCCGUCACGUCCGGGCCGCAGGAGGAAACCAGAUACGACGUCCGAGGUCUCCAUUCGCACCACCGCGAAGGAGAAGCACGCGCAGGAGCUGUUCUCCCCACCUAAAAGCCUGGUGGUCUCCGUCUCCGACGAUGAGCGGCGCGCCGCGGCUGUGCCUGCCGUCAAGUCCGACGCCGACGACCGGCGGACAAACGCGAAGAGGCUGGUGGUCGUGUUCGAGUCUCUUCGGGCGUGCUCGAGGGCUCCGGGGAUUGGCCUGGGGAUGCCGACGAAGGGCCUGAGCAGGAAGGUUGCGGGCGCAGGCUGUGCCCCCGGCAAGGCGGAGCUGUUCUAUUGCCGACCCAUCCCGAUGGGGCGGAGGUGCCGGGUGCAGCACCUCGAGGAAUCUCCUUACAAGUGAUUUGUCACGUCUCACACAGCUCGGUAUCAAGGGAGGUUGGACUCUGAGCCUCGGCGAUGUGAGGCCGAUGACGUGUAAUUUUUUUCCCUACUAUUCUAUUUAUGUAAACUUGGUUGUAUAUGUUACCCUAUCUUUAAGUGUUUAUACAACGUACAUGUGUUUAAAUUUUA